AUGCUGGGCGACGUCAGCUUUAGUCGAGUAGAUCGGCGCCUGGUUAGAAUUUAUCCGGUCCCAUCCCUGCCAUCACCCGCCAAAAAAAAGCUGAGCAAGCAGAAAACCACCCACCCGUGGAAAACGGUGGAAGACAGAACCAACCGCUUGCUGACUGGCCCCCGGCUGCACUGCGACCCACGGGCACACCUUUGGCCCGCAAUCGCCGUUACAUCCGGGAGCUCAAUCAAGGCAUCUCCAGAUCGCGACUUGUGCAGCUUCCGUCAUCCGCAUCAAUACCACACACAGCCACCCAUGGCCUCCAGUCGUGAUCAACCGCGGCCGUCUGACGUGCCCUCGACGCUCGCACCCGCUGUUGCUUUUGCUACUCCCACGCCGUCUCACCCUCCAUCCUCCUCAUCCGAUGCUGCUACUGCCCCACCCCCGCAUCAGCAUCGACUGUCGGGGCAGCCCUCCUCCGGGAUUAUGCCCUUCAUAUAG